CUGACAUGGGCCACUAUGAGACCAAGAGACAACACAGUUGCAGUUCUGGAGGAAAGCAUGGAACUGACAAAAAGGUUCAGCUUUAAUCCCAAACUGGGAAUUGACAAUCCAGCCAUGACUGCAGAUGAUACAGAGCCGGCAUCAGAUCUCUCACUGCGUGUUUGUGUGUUGAAGAGGGUGAACGGAGAGACCUUUGGCUUCCAAUUGAAAGUGGAAAAAGGAAAACAGGGUCACAUUAUCAGACAGUUAGAGUCACAGGGUGUGGGAAAGAGGAGCGGGCUCAAGGAUGGGGACCGUCUGCUUGAAGUCAAUGAGAUGUUUGUAGACAACUUGGGACACAAAGAGGUGAUUCUUCAUGACCUACAGUGGUCACAUAUAGCAAGUUUUGCAACACACUUGUUCUGUUAUCAUGUGUCCAAGGGUCGUGAUCUAAAGGAACUGGCUAUAGUCAACCGUGGGGAAGGAUGGAGACCUCCUCGUCUCUGUCACAUCACAAGGGGUGCUGCAUCUGGCCUGGGCCUCAACAUACUCCCCAUAGAGGGUGAGAAAGGCAAAUUCAUGAUGAGUCCAGUAAAAGGUGGUGCUGCAGAAAAGGCAGGGGUAAAAAAGGGUGAGCGGCUGGUUUGGAUCAAUGGUGCCAUGGCCUCUGAACUCACACAUUCUGCCAUCAGCAAAAUGGUGAAAAAGAGCAAGGAUCAUGUGACAGUGCUGGUGAUUGACAGUGAGAGUGAAAAAAGUUAUGCUCGCAGAAAAAUGCCCAUUCUGCCAGCCAUGGCUGAUGCUGAGAGCAUGCCUUACCGGCCCCGCAGACUGCAUCUGGUUUUGGGGCCUGAGGGGUAUGGCAUCCUUCUUAAACAGGAGAUAAAUAAGGCUGGAUACAGUGCCCACAGGCUGGGCGAGGUGGAUAAAGGGAGCCCUGCUGAACUGGGAGGUGUUAAAGAAGGUGAGCUGCUCCUAGAAGUGAAUGGGGAGCCUACAGACUCACUAAGUCAUGAGGACGUUGUCAGCAAAAUCAAACAGAGUGGACACCAGGUCACUCUCACAACCAUGCCCCCUCAGGGUAAAGAGUUCUACACUAAGUUGGGCCUCUCUCCGUUGCUAUUCUGUUUGGAUGUUCCACCCCAUAGACCUGAAGAGAAAACGGAGAGCCCAUUGACUCCCCCUGUUGAGCCCCAGAAGGAUGUGCAGAUCAAUCCUGACAUUAGACUCUGUGAGCUGCAGAGGGGUUCACUGGGCUUUGGCUUCAAUUUGGGCUGCAUCCAACAGAAACCUGGCACAUUUAUCAGCCAGGUGACAGCAGGAGGCCCAGGAGGGAGUUCUGGUCUCCUGCAAGGUGAUGUGGUGGUGGAGGUGAAUGGACAGAAUAUGGAGAAUGAGUCUGUGGAGGAUGUGAUCUUACAAGUGAAGCGAGGAGGAAGAUCUCUUUCCUUAUUAGUAGUCGAUCGGAGAGGUUAUGAGUGGCUUAAGACAAAUGGGAAGCCAAUCACAGCAAACAAUGUAGCAACAACCCCUGUGGUGGAGAAAAAUGCCUUCAGUGCUGCUGAACCACCAACAGAUGACUGAUGAUGUCUGAUGACAAGGCUUAAUCCACCUGCAUAUACACUGUAUGGGUCAGCUAAAAACUGCCCUGAUAAAGUCAUUGAUUUUGGCUUUUUGAGAAUUAUGAAAUAAGAGUUUUGUUAGUUGGAACAAGACAACAUCUACACCAAUUUGACUUGAAACUCUGGUAUACAUCUGUAUAAAAUUGUCUAGCUCUCGGGCAUUAUUCCUUUGACAUAUUUAAUGCAUAAUUAAUGCUGUAAAGAAGAAGUUUGAACUGAUGUGUUAUGAAGUUGUUUCUGGAAAUAGAUAAGUCCAGGUGCAUGGGCAAUAUAACAUUAUCAAUUUAUAUCUGAAUCCUUAAUCACUAAAAAUUGUUAUAAUAUUACAAAAUGUUUGCUGACAGUUCUGUUUUUUUCAUGUUUCAUCAUAGGUUUUGCCAUAUUGUGUCUUAUUGAAUUGCCAUUUGUGCUUUCAUUUUGAUUCCAUAUGAAAUGUCUUUUUAAAAUGAGGGUCAAAUAUUUUUAAAUAAAUGAAAUAAUAAAUAUCAACGUAUUUAAAAGUUUUUUUGUCUGAUAAUAUA